GAUUCAAAACCAAUUCAGCGUUCGUUCGAAGCGGUUGUGCAGGCGCUCUCGCGAACACACAGCCACAGCCAGCCGAGACACAAACAGUCGAGUCGAUCGUUCCGAUCCGAUAAGAGUUUCGCCGUUAAAAGCAAUUCGGUCAAGUGCGCGAUCCACAGAAACGGCCCGCAAGCCAACUAAUGCAGAACCAUAGAAAGUAUCUCGUGUUCUAAGUGUGAAAAAAAAACAAAAUAUAAUUAAAUGAAUGCCAAAAGUUUAAUCAUAAUUUAAAAAACAAAACAUUAUGUCGAUUGUGUGCACGCUGGAACAGAAAGUAAACUUUUUCAAAGCUGCAGCAACGACCAAGAAUCUUUUGAUACUCAAACACAAUACGGAUACCAGCUACCACAUCAGGCAGGAUAAUCCAAGCAGCAACAACAACAAAACAACAACACAAUUUCCCUCCAACAACUUGCAACAUCAGCAACACCUGCAGCAGAAACUAGCCCAGCUGCAACAGCUUAGCCAGCAGAAACUGUCCGCCGGUGACUAUCCGUACGGACCACGCCCCCCAAAGGCCAGCCAGGAAGAGACACUGCUGCUGCUGGCGCCGCCGGCCAAGUUCUAUCCGGAGGCAGCGGUGCCAUCAGCAAUGCCCGAGGUGCUUAGCGGCACUCCGACCAAUAGCCACAACAAAGCCAUCGCCAGCGCCUCCAUAGCCAUGAUGAGCAACGUCCGUCUCACCAACAUUUCGCCGACGCUGUCGAUGAACGGCAGCUCCAACGAGGCCACCAAUUUGCAUCCUCUCUCAAUGUACGGCGGAUCCAUCAGCCCACAGUCCAACGACAGCGGAAUGUCCGACAGCCUGGGAAAGUUUGUGCCCGGAAACGGGUAUGGCGACAGCAUGAUGGGCAAGCAGUCGUCCCAGAACGGCAACGGACCCCAGUCGGCCCUGACUGCCGCCCAAAAGGAGCUCUUCUCGCAGCGCAAGCAGCGGGAGUUCACACCCGACAACAAGAAGGACGAGAGCUACUGGGAUCGCCGGAGACGCAACAACGAGGCCGCCAAACGCAGUCGCGAGAAGCGGCGCUACAACGACAUGGUGCUGGAGCAACGGGUCAUAGAGCUCACCAAGGAGAACCACGUACUCAAGGCACAGCUGGACGCUAUCCGGGACAAGUUCAACAUCUCCGGCGAGAACCUGGUCAGCGUGGAGAAGAUCCUGGCCUCGCUGCCCACCAGCGAGCAGGUCCUGAGCAACACCAAGCGAGCCAAGAUCAGUGGUUCCAGCGGCGGCAGCGGAGGUUCCUCCUCGGGAUCCUCGCCUACAGGUAGAAGCUCCUCGCCCGGAGCCCACAGCCACAGCGGCUACCCCGUUGGACCGCCACUCUCGCCUCUGAUCUAUGGCCCCAAUGGCAACGCUCGCCAGGAGGUCACCGUGAAGAGUGUGCAUCAUGUGCAACAUCCAGGUGCCCCUCUGCAACCGCCCCCGAACUCACACCUGCAGACCCUGGUCGUGCCUCAGCCGCCGCCCCAGCAUCUGUACCAGCCGCCUCCGCAGCCACAUCAGCAGCCCCCGCAGCAGCAGGAGCCCGCCUCCAGCGCAGGUGGCAGCUCUCCCCCCGUUGCCGAUCCGCACAACCGUCCGCCCACCAGCACAAUCGCCAACCUGCAGGUGCAGCUCCAGCACGCCCUCAACCGGAACGUAAGACCCGAGGAUCUGGAUAGCUUGCGCAAGGCAGUGGCCGCCGGAGCUCUCUACAACGCGGCAGCAGUCGUGGGAGCUCCUCCACCGCCGCCACCAGCUGGACUGUAUGCGCCUGCUCCCUACAAGGAUCACCUGGAGCCGGCUGGACCCUGGACUCACAGCGUCGAGGCUGCCGUGAGCAGCAGCGCUGUGGAUGCGGUCAGCAGCUCUUCGGUGUCCGCCAGUGCAGCCAGUGUUCUCAACCUGUCCAGGCGGGCGUGCUCGCCCAGCUACGAGCACAUGCUUGCCUCCACCCCCUCCUCCACUUCGUCCUCUGCUCUGUCCUCAUCCUCCUCCUCGGGCGCUGUGUCCGGGGACGAUGAGCAGGAGCACGAACCAGCGCACUUGGCUCCCUUGCAACUCCAGAGGAGCAGUCCGCAGCAGGGCAGCGAUGCCAACAACUGCCUGCCGCUGAAGCUGCGCCACAAGUCCCACCUGGGCGACAAGGAUGCGGCGGCCACAGCUCUGCUCUCGCUGCAGCACAUCAAGCAGGAGCCCAACUGCAAUCGGGCUUCGCCCCCGGCCUGGAACGAUGGCGGCGACAACUCCAGCGACGAGCGCGACUCGGGAAUCUCCAUUGCCAGUGCGGAGUGGACGGCGCAGCUGCAGAGGAAGCUGCUGGCCCCCAAGGAGGCUGGCGUGGUCUCCAGUGUCGAGCGGGACCAGAUGCUCAAGUCUCAGCUGGAACGUCUCGAGUCCGAGGUGGCCAGCAUCAAGAUGAUCCUGGCGGAGUAAGUCCCAUGGACCCCGAGGAGCAGGAGCAGGAGAGAGAGCGAAGAGACAGAGACUUUGAGGGAAUCAGAGUUGCGGGAUCGGAGCAGAGCAGAGAGUUCCAUGGCGCCAGUCGUUCUCCUGAGCAUAUGUAGGAAAUGUUUAUCCACAGUCCAAAAAGAGUGUUAACUAUUAGAUAUCGAUGCAUGCCUAUUUGUAUCUCUAUGUAUAACUAGGGUCGGACUAGAGUCGGAACUCUAGCUGGAGCCUAACCUAUGUAUGUGUAUCUAUCCACUGUAUUGAGUCUUGUAACCAUUUGAAAGCGCAUCUAUUUAUAUAUACGUACGCCUAACUAUAUAGAUCUCGUUAAACUCGGAGCUAAACAAAUCCUUAGGGUCAGACACGUUGGCACCCCCAAGAAUUUCUUAUUUAACCUGUUUGUAUCAGCGCUAUUUGGUUGCAAAGUAGGUAUUUUGGUGACCACCCAGUACCACUGGGGAUCACCAUCGUAGUUAUUGUUCUCUUAUGCAGCCCCCAAGUUUCCUUAUGCACAGCGAUAGUGGAGCAGGAGAUCAGUUUGUCAAUGUAUCCAAAACAUUGUUAAGUAUUCGCUAAUGUACAUAUUAUACCACAUAUUUAAAAUACAUAUAUUCCUAUUCUGUAUAUAAUUUUAGUUGCAAGCUAAGCUUAUUUUAUUUGAUAUGCUCGUGUAUUUUAGUGAAGCAAAACAUAUACAUUAUGAUUAAGAAAAACCGUGAAGCACAUUCAAAAUAUAAAAUAUCUAGAGAGAUGCAAGAAAUCUGAAAAAGAGAGUUAAUAUUUUAUGCAAUAAAUAUAUUCUAGAAUAUCUUACCUUAA